GCCGUUAGACAGCGCUGGUCUCGCCGCUUCUCCCUCCGCCCGCCCCUUCUGCGCGGAGCUGAGCUCUCGCUCCUGUUCCCCUCGGGGCCGGCGGCAGCGCGUCCUCCUCCUCGUCUCCCCUGGGCCCCAUGGCUUCGGCCGGCAGCGGCAUGGAGGAGGUGCGCGUCUCGGUGCUGACCCCGCUGAAGCUGGUGGGGCUGGUGUGCAUCUUUCUAGCGCUGUGCCUGGACCUGGGAGCCGUGCUGAGCCCCGCCUGGGUGACGGCGGACCACCAGUACUACCUGUCCCUCUGGGAGUCCUGCCGCAAGCCCGGCAACUUGGACAGCUGGCUCUGCGAGUCGACGCUGCAUAGCGACUGGCAGAUAGCUACCCUGGCUCUGCUGCUGGGUGGUGCUGCCAUUAUUCUCAUAGCUUUCCUGGUUGGGCUGAUCUCCAUCUGCGUGGGAUCUCGGAGGCGGUUCUACCGACCAGUUGCAGUCAUGCUCUUUGCUGCAGUUGUUCUCCAGGUCUGCAGCUUAGUCCUUUACCCAAUCAAGUUCAUCGAAACGGUCAGCUUGAAAAUAUACCAUGAAUUCAACUGGGGCUAUGGCCUGGCCUGGGGUGCAACUAUAUUUUCAUUUGGGGGUGCCAUUCUUUAUUGCCUAAACCCUAAGAACUAUGAAGACUAUUAUUAGAAUCAUUUAAUGAAAAGAAAAAUAAAAAAAAGGAUUACCCCAUCUUUUCUAGCUCACAGUUUUUUUAGAACACUUGUGGAGCACCAAACAGUCUGCUCUGUUGAUAAAAUAGCCUUUGCCUUUUGGGUGUGAACACUGUAACCAGCUUUUACAACCAUUUAGAAGAACUGCAAACACUAGGAUUGCUGAUGUUACAUAGGCAGAUGCUGCAAGCUGCUGAUACAUAAACUUCAUUUUUCCUGACAACAAGCAAAAGGACCUACGUUACAGCGACCAUUGUGAGAAAACUAGUUGGAAUGAGAAUGCAAUGCCAGCAUCUGCUAUUGCCUUCAGGGGAGCAGCUGGUAUGGGCUCCAUUUAGAAGUUUCCCUGUAUCAUAGAGGAUUCAGAUGUCUGAUAAGCAGGCAGUGGCAUCUUGUACAAUAGGCUGAGUUGGCCCCUUGUUACUUGCUCAAAGGCGCUCUUAAGGAAUUAGAUGCAAGGGACUGUGUUGAGGGCAGUGAAUGUAACUGGUUAAUAACUUGUCUAAUAUCUACAUUCAACAGUCUGCUGGGAGAAUAAUUAAAAAAAAGAAAAACCCAAACAAGCCACCAACCCACACAGGAUUUCAUGAAUUAGUAAUCUGCAUCACUGUGCCAGCUGUAGCAGAUUGUUGAAGGAAGUCCAAACCCAGAGACAUGUGCUUCUGACUGUGUAGUUGGAAGUUGUCUCAGCUCUCAGUGUUUGCUGGAGGGGUGAAGAUAAAGGGGAAUAGAAAAAGACCUAUUCUGUCCCUGAGACAUCUAAAAUGUAUGAAUGAAUUGCAGUUGUCCUGAGUACCAAUUUAACUUGCAAACAUUGUGAUAAAAAAUGCAUAUGGAACAAGUCCAGUUAUAUUUUUGAAAGGUAUUUGUUAUUAUAAAUGAAUAUAUAUAAUGCAAAUAUAUAUGCAGAGAGAAAGAAAUGAUUCAUCUUAAAAAUGUAAUAUGAGCUGUGAUGCAGUGGUUAAAAUACUAACUUUGUACACAUUCUUGAAAGUCUUGGAUUAGUGCCCCAAUUUUGAUUGGUGUUACAAAAUAAACACACAAUGGUUUGUCCUCUGUAUAUGCCCUUGUACAGACUCUGUGUUAUGGGAAAUGCUUAAAAGUUCACAUCAAGUUAAGGUAGAACUGGACAAAAAUAACCUUGUGCUAUUCCAUGUGUAAUAUAAUACUUGCUAAAAUUCUUUUCUAAGGGUGUUGCAAAUUAAAAAACUGCCAUUUUUUAAAAAUCUGGUUAGGUUGUUAAUAUCUCUGAUCAUCAAGAAUAUAGCUGAGACCCCAUCCUGUCCAUAUUAAAACAUUAGCACUUCAGGAGGUAAUCUCUUGUUUUUAAAAGAUGAGUUUCUAAUGGACUUUUUGAUGAUUAUGUACAUCUGGUUACUCCUUGCUUAGUAUGUUUCCCACUUAAAACAUCCAGAGACUGUACUCAUGAAAUGACACCCAAGAUGAAAUAGGGAGAACCUUCACAUGAAUUUAAUCCGCAUCACUUUUAUUUUUGUUUACAAUUUGC